CUUCCAAAAAUGAUUGGAAAAUUAAAGUACGCGUCAAGGCUUUUUGAUAUAUUGAACUUUCGGAAACAUAAUAGUUUGAUUAGUUUGGACAUGGUUUUAAUUGACGAAGAGGGUGAUUAUGUCCAUGCUUCAAUCAAAGGAAAAUUUGUCCAACAAUUUCGUUCUAAACUGGUUGAAGGCAAAGUUUACACAAUUCGAUAUUUUUCUGUUAUACCUAACAAGAAUGAAUAUCGUGUUGUGAGCGAUAACAAGAUAAUGAUACAAUUUUUUCAAAAUACAACUGUCAAGGGCGUUGCAGAUAAUAAUAAAAUUCCGUUGCAUAGAUUUGAUUUUGUUCAAUUGCAACAUUUAGAUAAGUUCCGUAGUAAUGCUACACUCCCCGGUAUAUAUUUUACAGAUUUUCUAUUUUUAUUUUUAAAAAAUUUCUAUAGUGUUAUCUUUUGCUUAAUUAUUUUUUAUAAUUAUUUUUUUUGUUUCGUACAUCACUUUGUCCUACAAGAUGUGGUUGGCAUGAUUGUUAACGAAAUUGGAGAUUAAAUUGAAAUAGAAGAUAAAUGGUAAUUAUUAUUUUAA